UCCAACGAAGAUCACUGAUCACUACGGCCGGAGUAAGAGCCCUUUUCAUUGACUUUUUCUUGCUGGUCCUCCGUAUUGCUGUGAGCUUGACCAAAUCGCUUACGAUGGCCGAAGUGUGUCUCGCCGAGAGGCGAAAGAAGCAGAAAUGGGGCUCUGAUCCACGUGGAACGAACUGGUCAAAAGACAAGAGUAAGUUUGGAUAUCGCAUGCUGGAGAAGAUGGGCUGGAGUGACGGAAGUGGACUCGGUGCAGCCGAGGCUGGUACAACUAGCCAUGUCAAGGUCAAUUUCAAGAAUGAUACACUGGGCCUUGGCACGUCAACACAGCAUGCUGAUGAUUGGAUCGAACACCAGAGUGACUUUGACGGCCUACUUGCCGCUCUCCACCAGAAGCAAGGUGCCAGCGAGCCUAGCAGUGCCAACCAGUCCGGUAGAAGUUCACCGUCGGCUGGCCUGCAGGCUAAGGCACACAAAUCAAGGGCGAGAAUCAACUACAACAAGUUUCUCCGAGGCAAGGACAUCAGUGGUUACUCAAACAAUGACAUGAGUUGUAUCCUUGGCGUUCGGGCAACCGCCUCGGAGGCCAGCUCAUCCAGGGGCGGAUCACCAUCGGGUAGCGACUCCGACUCCAGCAGCACCAGCAAUUCAGACGCUUCAUCGUCCAGCGAGAGCGAUGGCGAAAAGAAGGGCAGCAGCAGUCACCGACGGCAACGUCAUGACAAGGCCGAGGACGCCAGCGGCAUUCACACCACGACCAGUGGCCAGUCAGUGCAGGACUAUUUCGCCGCCAAGAUGGCCAAGCUGCGGCAACGUCAGCUCCCGGCUGGCAGCAUCGCCGCCACCUUGUCACGAUCGACCGGCAGCAGCAGCGUUGCCGACAGUGCUUCUGCUCGAUCCGACGCACACGCAGCGGCCGACACCGAGAGCAUACGACCGCGUAAGAAAAAGCGCAAGCACGCGGACACGCUAUCGCCAUCGGACGACGACAACAGCACGGAUGUCACCAGCACCGCCACAAGCAGUAAACAGGCCAGCGGCAAUGAGAGCUCUGACGACGAAGACGACGCGCCGAAGCCCAAAAAGAAGAAGAAGAAGAAGAGCAAGAAGGCGAAGAAAACCAAGUCAGGCACUGCAGAUCGGCCGAGCGAAAGCGAUGGUGAAAGUGCGGUAGCUGUUCCGGCCAAGAAAAAGUCCAAAAAGUCAAAUCGGCCUAGCGAAAGCGAUGGGGAAAGUGAGGUUGCUGUUCCAGCCAAGAAGAAGUCCAAAAAGUCACAUCGGCCGAACGAAAGCGAUGGGGAAACUGAAGUAGCAGCUCCCGCCAAGAAAAAGUCCAAAAAGUCAAAGUCGAAAAAGGCGUGAGAAACCACCUCUGUGCGUACGUGUACGUGCAUGCUCGGAAUUGACAAUUGUGGACUCCAGCGGAUACUAGUAUUGUUUUCAUCUUCAACUGUACAUACAUCAUUGGCAGCAGCGGCGCCUACUGCUACUGCUACUGUAGUUAUUUUAGAAUAUUCUGGAGUGCGAUGCAUUCCCAAUACGCCUCCUCGGUUUGUUGAUCAUGAUUAUUUUCUCGGCAUUGAACUCCGGCCCUUGCACAUAGACUCCUUGUCUGGUUGGUUGAUUUUCUCUUGCUGUGCGUCGUCUCUGGUGUUCGUCACAGGCUCGCUCUGACGUUGACACUAUCUAUUUAUUGACUUGAAACUUGGAAAGAAAUA